GGCGCCGAGCCCCCUGCGCGUGGCACAUGGGGCGCCUGACGGAGGCGGCGGCGGCGGGUGGCGGCGCUGGGGCUGCGCGCUCGGCCGGGUCCCCUCCCGAUCUCCUGCCCCUGUCGUCCACGUCCCCGGGCUGCGCGGCCACCAUGGCGUCCAGCGAGGAGGACGGUGCCAACGGCGGCGCCUCGGAGGCCAGCGACGAGAGGGAGGCCACCCGCAAGAGGAGGCGCCUCGGCUUCUUGGCCACCGCCUGGCUCACCUUCUACAACAUCGCCAUGACCGCGGGGUGGUUGGUUCUAGCUAUUGCCAUGGCACGUUUUUAUAUGGAGAAAGGAACACACAGAGGUUUAUAUAAAAGUAUUCAGAAGACACUGAAAUUUUUCCAGACAUUUGCCUUGCUUGAGAUAGGCCACUGUUUAAUUGGAAUUGUACCGACUUCUGUGCUUGUGACCGGGGUCCAAGUGAGUUCCAGAAUCUUCAUGGUGUGGCUCAUUACUCACAGUAUAAAACCAAUCCAGAAUGAGGAGAGUGUGGUGCUUUUUCUGGUGGCGUGGACUGUGACAGAGAUCACUCGCUAUUCCUUCUACACAUUCAGUCUCCUUGACCACUUGCCGUACUUCAUUAAAUGGGCCAGAUAUAAUUUUUUUAUCAUCUUAUAUCCUGUUGGAGUUGCUGGGGAGCUUCUUACAAUAUAUGCUGCCUUGCCAUAUGUGAAGAAAACAGGAAUGUUUUCAAUAAGACUUCCUAACAAGUACAAUGUCUCUUUUGACUACUAUUAUUUUCUUCUUAUAACCAUGGCUUCAUAUAUACCGUUGUUUCCACAACUCUAUUUUCAUAUGUUACGUCAAAGAAGAAAGGUGCUUCAUGGAGAGGUGAUUGUAGAAAAGGAUGAUUAAAUGAUCCCUACAAACAAGGUGCUUUUUCCAGAAUUACCAGGAUUACUUGAGUCCAAGUUUGAAUAACAAGAAUAAACAACUUCAUGAAAUAUACCAUGGAUCGUAUGGUUUCUUAAAAUAUAACCGAGACACGUGGUAUUUGCGAGUGUUUGUCUUCAUAUUGUGCCAGCUCUGUUUUUUAUGAGAACUGUGCAAAUAUUACCAACUCCUGGGUAGGUGUUGAUCAUUAAGAAAAUAAUUGGGUGUAUGACCUGAGGGAAAAAAACCUUUUUGUUGGUUUCACUAAAUACCUAGCUGCUUAAAUCAAUGUUUAGGAAUUAGUUUAAUGAUUUCACAUUAUGAUAUACCUGCCAGUGAUAUUUAUGUGAUAUUUAUAAAUGAAACUAAAGGCAAAAUUAUAAUAACUUGUUAAUAAUGUGUUGGUAUUUCUUGAACCUACAGUCUAUUUUUUCAGGUUAUAAGGCAGCCUUUGUGAUUAAUAACAAUUUUUGGAAUCGUGGACAUAAUUUGGUAAGACUUUUGCUGUAGAUAAAGUAGCAGCAUGAAAAGAAAUGAAUUCAAGUAGAUGCCACCAUUGGAAAAGAUUCCUUGAAAGUAUUUCUAGGCCUUUGAAAUUGUGUAUACCACUAAGCAGAUUUAUUUUUAUUUGAAUUAACCACUAAAGGACAACUUUUUCAACUGUAAGGAUUUUAAGGGGUUACGAAUAGUGUAAGUAUACUCUUAGCCCCACUGGUUAAAAAAAAAAAAAAAAGAAAUGAUGUCUUUU